AUGCCGCCAAAGAAAAGAAGAUCACAAAAUGUAGACUUACAACCCACGACAAUUACAGCAACUUCAAAGAGUGAAGAUGAAGAGCAGCAGCAGCAGCAGCAGCAGCAAGUACAACUCCAAGAACACGAACAACAAACCGUUGAUACUCUUCCCAAUUCCUUAACUAGUGGUAAACAACCACGUAUCAAUAAGCAAGGAGAGGGUAAAAUAUUACCUGUCAAUUACCAAGAGCCGCUAGAUCCUAAUAGUGAAUUAUAUCUUGAUGCAGACUGGGAUAUCCCUAGAUUUAAUAAAUUUCUUCAGGAUACAUUAAAUUAUUUGGUUGAUACAAACAACUCUACUUUCAAAGAUUUCAUCAAGCUUCCCAGUAGGAAGUUUCAUCCCAUUUAUUUUCAUAAGAUUGAAAAUCCUAUUUCUAUUAAGGAAAUUAAAAACAGAAACUAUGAAGGAUCUACCAACCACCACCAUCAUAACAAAAAUAGAAAUAAAAGUGACACUGAUGAAACUGUCAAUAUGACCAGGUACAGGGACUGUUUAUUGGAUAUCGAAUUAAUUUACAAAAACUGUUUAGCAUUUAAUGAACCAGAAUCUUUGAUUGUCAAGAACUCUAUGCAGGCAGUUAAUUAUAUCAAGUAUGAAAUUAUAAAAACCAAGAACGUUAGCGUAAAUUACCUAAUGAACGAUGGAAUCAGAGAUAUUUUAUUGGAAACAUUAGCUGAUUUGGAAAACGUUACUGAAAAGAAAGUGGAACAAACAGUAUCCAAGGAGGUAAUGGAAACAAAUUGUGAUGAUUCGACUAACCUAAUGUCACCAUUUUUGGAAUUGGUUGAUAAAUCUGAAUUUCCGGAUUAUUACGAAAUUAUACACAAACCAGUUUCUUUGAAAUUUGUGGAAAAUAAUUUAAAAAGUGGAUAUUACAAAAAACUUUAUGAUUUUUAUAUUGAUGUUGUUACAAUAUUUCAAAACGCGUUGGUUUUCAAUGCACAAAACACAUUGAUAUACCAAGAUGCCAUAAAAUUAUUGGGGUAUUUUAGAGUGGUGUUCUAUGAUAAAUUGUUACCGCAAUUAAAGAGGAAAAGUGAGAUUGGUGAGUUAAAGUUGGAAAUUGAUAAAUUGGAAUACGAUAAGUAUUUGAUACACGGGGGAACGCAUUACAAAAAAAAAAAAAAAGGUGCUAGUAGUGAUGCUGCAUCUGCUAGUAGCAUCCGUUCUGUCAAUACUCGUUCCAUCAACAACAAAACUAAAGUCACUGAUAAUCCUUCUGUGUCUAUUGAUGAUAAUCAUAUAGGAGACGACCCCACCUUGUCUGCUCAAGAUAAUGAUGUGGUCAAUGAAUACGCCGGUAGUGCGACCACCACACUUUCUUCUAGUUCUAAUAGUUAUCCAAUUGACAAAAAUACCGCGGCAAACAUCGACCCAUCCAUUUCAAAAGGAAAUAAUAUCGAAAAUAAUGCCAAUUUAGAUAUUAAGAACAAUUUAAAUGAUUUUGAUGAGACCUAUGAUUUUGAUGAAAAUGAAACGCUAUUUGAUUUUAAAAAAACAGCAUCCAGUAGUGCAACUAGUAGGGUUGGAAAGUUUGAUAUUUUAGACAGCAUGUCUAGAAAUUCAAAAAAGAUGAUAUAUAAUAACUACAAAUUAUUAGAAGAAAUUAAAUUUAUAUCCAUAAAUGAUUCGUUUGCCAAUACAUCUAUACCAAAAUUGGAUCAAACCUUUGUGGAGUAUAUUUUCAAAGGUAAGGAUUUUAAUGCCUGUAGUAACAAUUAUUCGGUUAAUUUGCCUGUCAGACAGAUGAAUCUAUCCGUAAUAAUUGUAUUAAAUGAUUUAUUUGCUAAUGUUACUAAAAUUCCGAACGGUACAGAGCCUGGAAAUAUACAUGAAGAUGGCCUUGUAAGAUACCGAACUGGUGUUAAAUUUAAUAGGCAAGUCAAGGUGCCAAUUGAAGGUUCUGUUUUACAAACUAGCAAUGUUAAUUCUAAUAGUUCUGGGAAUAAAUUAACCCCCUUAAAAUAUGACUUAUUGAUACCUGAAGGAUUGAAUUUAUUAGAAGUUCUUUGUGAAACCGUGAAUGUUGAUGGUCACAUAGGAGAAACAAUUAAAGAGUCUAUGAAUAUAUGGAUUAACACAUCCUAA